GAGAAGCAGCGCGCCUGCCUGCUGCCCCCCGACGACGGCCCCUGCCGCGCCCUGGUGCCGCGCUGGUACUACAACAGGUACACGCAGAGCUGCCAGGAGUUCACCUACGGGGGCUGCCACGGUAACGCCAACAACUUCCUCACUCUCGAUGACUGCGAGAAGAGCUGCUGGACCAUCAAGAAAGUGCCUAAAUUAUGCCGUCUGGAGGCUGAUGGAGGACCUUGCAGGAGUCAUCUCAAAAGAUAUGCCUUUAACUUGAGCGCAAUGAGGUGCGAGGAGUUUAUCUACGGUGGCUGUUAUGGAAAUGGCAACAACUUCAGAGAUCUGCAGUCUUGUGUGGACCACUGUCUGCCAGAGAGAACUGGUCCCUUGCUAUGCUAUAGCCCGAAGGAUGAAGGACUCUGUUCUUCUUCUGUGCCUCGUUAUUACUAUGACACCAAGACUAAAACAUGUAAGGAGUUCAAAUAUACCGGCUGUGGUGGAAAUGCCAAUAACUUUGUUACUGAAAUGGAUUGCUACAGAGUUUGUGGAAAAGGGGCUCAGAAACCAAGAAUCAACAAGCCAACGAAUGUGUACCGCAGAAAAAUGAUGAGAAAACUGGUUAAAAAACCUCAGACAUAUAACCUGAAGUCUUAA